AUGGCGGCGGCAGCAGCGGCGGCCUUGUCGCUGCGCGUGGUGGCCGAAUGCGGGCGAAGCAAAGCCCGGGCUUGUGAGCUGCGGCUGCCGCACGGCACCGUGGCUUGCCCGGUCUUCAUGCCGGUUGGGACGCAGGGCACCAUGAAGGGCCUCACUGCCGCGCAGCUGGACGCGCUCGGAUGCCGCCUGUGCCUGGGCAACACCUACCACCUGGGCACGCGCCCCGGACCCGAGCUUAUCAAAAAAGCCGGUGGACUCCAUGGCUUUAUGAACUGGCCACGGAACCUGCUCACAGACAGUGGUGGGUUUCAGAUGGUCUCUCUGGUGAAGCUCUCUGAGGUGACUGAAGAGGGAGUACGCUUCUGUUCUCCUUACUACGAUGGCAAGGAGAUUCUGUUGACUCCAGAGAAAUCCAUUGAAAUACAGAACGCUCUUGGGUCUGACAUCAUGAUGCAGCUGGACGACGUGGUCAGCAGCACAGUUAGCGGCCCCCGUGUGGAAGAAGCCAUGUUCAGGUCCAUUCGCUGGCUGGACAGAUGCAUUGCAGCACACAACAAGCCCAGCCAGCAGAAUCUGUUUGCUAUUAUCCAGGGUGGGCUGGAUCCUGCCCUUCGAACCAAGUGUCUGGAAGAAAUGACUAAGCGAGACGUGCCGGGCUUUGCCAUUGGGGGCCUGAGCGGUGGUGAGGCCAAAGAUCACUUCUGGAGGAUGGUGUCCCUCAGUACAGAUCAUCUCCCCAGGAACAAGCCUCGCUACCUUAUGGGAGUCGGUUAUGCUACAGACCUGGUGGUGUGUGUGGCCUUGGGCUGUGACAUGUUUGACUGCGUUUUCCCCACAAGGACCGCUCGCUUUGGUUCAGCCUUAGUCCCGUGGGGUUCCCUGCAGCUGAAGAACAAGCAAUUUGCCAAGGACUUCCGGCCCAUUGAUGAGAACUGUGAUUGCCCCACCUGCCAGAGGUACAGCCGAGCUUUCUUGAAUGCUCUCUUCCGCCAUGACACUGCUGCUAUGCACCACGUUACGGUCCAUAAUAUUGCUUAUCAGCUGAACCUGAUGCGUUUGAUCCGGGAGAGCAUCAUUGAGCAGAGGUUUCCGCAGUUUGUUCAGGAUUUCAUGAAGACCAUGUAUGGAAACUCAGGCCGCUACCCACCGUGGGCCACAGAGGCCCUGGCCUCAGUUGGAAUUAACCUGACGGGUGCGGGAGAAGAUGGCUGGCAGAGUUGCCAGCGAGAACAGUGCAGCUUGGGGCUGUCCCAGUGAACAGCAAGAGGUGCCACGUGCUCCCUGACUCUAGGCCUCUCGCUAUGGUUGGUUGCCGCACUUCCACGACUGCCCCAGGUUUUCUUUCCAAAGCCAUUACUGGGGCAGCUGAAGCAGUGAAUACCAUUCUUUCCAAUGAAUUCUGGGAAGGAAUCUGAGGAGCUGCUUUUAUGUCCUCCCAUCACAGUGCUCGUAUCUCAUUGAGGAGUCUCCAUAGUUAAGAGUGGAGUGGACUUGAAAGCUCUUGGGUUUACCUCUUUAUUUUUAUAUUUUUAGUACGUGAAAAUGCCUUUUUUAAAUUCGUUGUUAAACUUUUAAAACUCAUUUACAUUUUCUAAAAAAAAAAAAGAAGAUUCUAGAUUCUCUGAAUCUAUUAAAAUGUGUCUAUGGGUCACGGGCAGACUGAACAGAGAUACCCAUACUCUGCAAAUUACCAGAGAAGCAAUUCUGAUUGUUAUUAUAUGCUCAAAGUAAAUAAAAAUAUACAAUUGAAAA